CCCGGCGGGGCGGGCGAUGGGGCGGCGGGCGCUGCUGGGGGGCCGGGCUCCGCUCCACCUGCUGCUGCUCUGCCACGCGUGGGCCCUGCCGGGGCCCCCCCGGGACACGCAGCCCCUGCUGCCCGCCCGCCUGCCCGCGCCCCCGGGGCUGCUGGCCCUGCGCCUGGCCGCCUUCGGCCGCGCCUUCGUCCUCCGCCUCCGCCCCGACGCCGCUUUCCUCGCCCCUCGCCUCCUCUUCCAGCGUUUAGGGGGACGGAGGGCACCGGCACGGAGCCCCCUCCGUCGGGAUUGCUUCUACGGGGGAGCGGUGGAGGGCAGCCCCCCGGGCCCCGCCGUGCUCAGCCGCUGUCCCGGAGGCUUCCGAGCCGCUUUCCUGCUGGACGGGGAGGCUUACGAGCUGGAGCCCCUUGGGCAUCAUCCCUCGCCCGGACCGCCCUGGAGACGCCUGCACCGCCUCCAGCGCCGGGCCGCCCCCCCGGGGACCCUCCCCGCUGCCGGGGCCGCUGCCGGGGCCGGUGCCCGGGCCGGGGUCGGGGCCGGGGUCGGGGCCGGUCCCGAGGAGCCGCUGCGCCGGGCCAAGCGCUUCGUGUCCCGGGCGCGGUACGUGGAGACGCUGCUGGUGGCUGAUGCCUCCAUGGUGCGGUUCUACGGGGAGGACGUGGAGAACCACAUCCUGACCCUGAUGUCCAUGGCUGCUCGUAUCUACAAGCAUCCCAGCCUGAAGAACUCCAUCAACCUGGUGGUGGUGAAGGUGCUGGUGGUGGAUGAGGAGGCAGCAGGGCCAGAAGUAUCUGACAAUGGUGGCCUCACCCUGCGCAACUUCUGUAGCUGGCAGCAGAAGUUCAACCCCCUGAGUGACCGGCACCCGGAGCACUACGACACGGCCAUCCUGCUGACCAGACAGGAUUUCUGUGGGCACCAGAGCUGUGACACCCUGGGAGUGGCAGACAUCGGCACCAUGUGCGACCGCAACAAGAGCUGCUCGGUGAUCGAGGACGAGGGUCUGCAGGCAGCCUACACCCUGGCCCAUGAACUGGGCCAUGUCCUCAGCAUGCCCCAUGAUGACUCCAAGACCUGCGAGCGGCUCUUCGGGCCCCUUGGCAAGCACCAUCUGAUGGCCCCUCUGUUCAUCCACUUGAACAAGACCCAGCCCUGGUCUCCUUGCAGCACCAUGUACCUCACUGAGUUCCUGGAUGGUGGGCAUGGGGACUGCUUGCUGGAUGCCCCAGCUGACCCCCUCUCCCUGCCCGCUGAGCUGCCCGGCCAAGGAGCCCUCUACAGCCUGGACCAGCAGUGCCAGCAGAUCUUUGGCAAGGACUUCCAGCACUGCCCCAACACCACGGAGGAGGACAUCUGUGCCCAGCUCUGGUGCAGGAUGGGUGGCAGUGGGGAGCCCCUGUGCCACACCAAGAACGGCAGCUUGCCAUGGGCUGAUGGCACCCCCUGCCAAGCUGGGGGGCUGUGCUGGGACGGCCACUGCCUGCCCAAGGAUGCUCUGAAACCCCAGGUGGCAGUGGAUGGUGGCUGGGGCCCGUGGAGCCCCUGGGGCCCCUGCUCCCGCAGCUGCGGGGGGGGGGUGCAGUUCUCCCACCGGCACUGCGACAGCCCCCAGCCCCGGCACGGCGGCCGCUACUGCGAGGGGCAGCGCGCCAGGUACCAGUCCUGCCACACCCAGGAGUGCCCUCCCGACGGGAAAAGCUUUCGGGAGCAGCAGUGUGAGAAGUACAACAGCUACAACUUUACGGAUCUGGAAGGGAAUCACCUGGAGUGGGUUCCCAAGUACGCGGGAGUCUCACCCCGAGACCGGUGCAAACUCUUUUGCAGAGCCAGAGGGAGGAGUGAAUUUAAAGUCUUCGAGGCCAAAGUGAUCGAUGGGACGCUGUGUGGACCAGAGACCCUCUCCAUCUGUGUCCACGGGCAGUGCAUCAAGGCUGGCUGUGACCACGUCAUUGGGUCCUCCAAGAAGCUGGACAAGUGUGGGGUGUGUGGUGGCAACGGCUCCACUUGCAGGAAAAUAUCUGGCUCCCUCAACAGAUCCAAAUAUGGCUACAAUGACAUUGUCACCAUCCCCGCUGGAGCCACCAACAUCGACAUCAAACAGCGCAGCCACCGCGGGGUCCGGCACGACGGGAAUUACCUGGCCCUGAGGACCCUGGAGGGCAAGUACCUGCUGAAUGGAGACUUUGCCAUCUCAGCCAUGGAGCAGGACAUCCUUGUGAAGGGGACCAUCCUGAAAUACAGCGGCUCCAUGACCACCCUGGAGAGGCUGCAGAGCUUCCGGCGGCUCCCAGAGCCCCUGACGGUCCAGCUGCUGACCAUCGCCAGCGAGAUCUUCCCACCGAAAGUCAAGUACACCUUCUUCAUCCCCAAGGACGUCCCUUUCAACAAGCAGAAAGGCAAGGAGAAGAAAUCAGCCAACGUCAUCCAGCCCAUGUUGACCUCCCAGUGGGUCCUGGGCGACUGGUCCGAGUGCUCCAAGACGUGCGGCUCCGGCUGGCAGAGGAGGACGGUGGAUUGUCGGGACGUGGAGGGUCAAACCUCCUCCACCUGCGACCGAGCCCUCAAACCUGAGGACAUCAAGCCCUGUGGAGAUGUCCCCUGCCCCCUCUGGCGCCUGGGUCCUUGGUCUCCUUGCUCCCAAAGCUGUGGUGAGGGCGUGCGGACGCGCAACGCCUCUUGCAUCGAUUACACCGGGAAAGUCACCGACCCGGAGAAGUGCAGCUCACCAGGGCCACCACCAGCCACUGCCGCCUGUGUCCUGCAGCAGUGCUGAGCCCUGCCAGCCAAGAACCACUCUCCAUCCCCACCCCAUCCACGUCUACCUCAGAGGGGGGAAUAACGGCGGCGUAAACGGGGAGGAAUCUCUUCUUUUCCUUGCUUCCUGCCUCUCUUCCCAGCUCCGGUUGCUCACGAGGCGAGUUGUAAUUUCAAGGGGGGGGGGAAACAACUGUAUCCAUGGGGUGUUUCCAAAGAGCUGCCAUUAAACACAGCUGCAGGCUCUGUUUGCUGGGGAAAAAAAUGUGGAGCUUGGCUUUUGCGGUCAUCAAGUCCCAGGUUGAGGAGGUCCAUGGUGGGUGGGUUUGCUGAUAAAAUUGGGAUCCCCCUGAAAAAGCCUUGGAUCAGGUUGCUGUCCCCUCCCUGCAGCCACGUGGGUGUCCUUGAGUGUGGGGAGUGUUUUACUGGCUCUGGGCUUAGUUUGGGAGUUAAUUUACUCAUUUGGCUGGGAGCAGGAACGAGCUGAGGGCCAGACCCUGACAUGCCUUAGGCAGGGGGACAGGAGAGAUGGCCACGGUGGUUUCUGCUGGAUUCAUAAUCCACAAGGUGACAAGCCUCUGCCUCCAAACACCCCCAGCAUCUGCAGAGAUAUGCCUAGAGCUGCCACCCCGUGCCUCCAUUUCCCCAGCUAUAAAACUGAGGCUUGGUCAUACCUGAUCUGGCUUACUAGCCACCACAAGCAUUCAUUAAUUACCAAUUCUGCAGGGCUUUGACCAUGAAAUGCCCAUUGUGGUGGCCCAUCCCCUCUCUGGAGCAGACACGUGGGUGUCCCAGCCCUUCCUCUCCCCUCCUCAUCUGUCAGUGUCCUGCAUGCUCAUUUUCCAAGCUCUGCUUUAAUUUUGGAGAUCAUUUGACUGGCAGCAGGGAUGAGCCCAGGAUCUGCAGAUGCUGAACCUCUCCCCAGCCCGUUGCAGUGAUGGUGGCUGCUCUUCACCUCUUCUUUCCUGGGGUACAUGAAGAUGCUUGGAUCUGGGGCCAGGAUCCAGCCUCGCUUGAGCAAUCCUGCUGCUGGUGCCUGGGGAUAGGGAGGGAAUUUGGGAAGGUUUUGCCAUGGCUGGACAAGAAACCCAGUAUCCCCAGUCUCCUCUCAAUGUUCCUCACAACCUGCUCAGCUUCCCUUUUGGCAGCAAAACAUGGAAUUUCCAGUGGGAGCCACCUUUAUCCCAUAGGAAGAGAAGGGCUGGAGGAGAAGGACUUGAAUGUACCAUGUCUGAGCUUCCAGUUGUGAAGUGAAUCCCUUUUCUUGUCUCUUUUGCUUGAGCUAAGCUCCCAUGAGACCCUUUUCUUGCUGGCCAGGCAGGUUUGGGAUGGGACUGUGGGAUGAACCUCUCCCCAGAGCCCUGCCAGAAACCCUAGGAUUUAUUUUAAACCCUAAAAUGUCCAGCUUUUAUCUCCUGGAGCUGAUUUCUAUUGAAACUAAGGGGGUCACAGCCAAAGACUGAGAGAACCAAGGGCUCACUUCCCUUUUUGUUUUAGGGAAAAAAGAAAUAAAAUUAAAGCCCAGCUGCAGAGUUUGGAUGUGGAGCUGCUUGGGCUGCUGUUCAGACCCACCUUGGGGCAAUGUUCUGUGUCUGCUAAUUAAUCUCCAGGAAUUUAAGCCCUCACUCUAACAAAUAGCUGGAUGCUACAGUCACGUAGCCUUGCAGGGUUAUAUUUCACACACACACACACACACACACCCCUCUUUGAGUUUGUAAGGAUUUUUACUCAAAGAUCAGCCUGGAUUUCCUCUCCAGCAUCAGAACCAACAUUUAGGAUGGGUCAGAAGUGUCAGCCUGAGAUGGUGCCAAGGAAAACAUCUGUAUUUAUCACACAAGUUGUGCACACCAAGGGUCUCUUUAAGUUGUUCUUUUUAUAUUCACUGUGCUUAGCUGGAGCUUCCCAGAUGCAAAGGCUCCCUUCCCAGAUGCAAAGGCUCCCUUCCCAGAUGCAAAGGCUCCCUUCCCAGAUGCAAAAAUUCCCUGCCAUGGGCAAAUCCUGCUGCUUUUCCAGCAAGGAGAAGGAGAAGGAUCCACCUGGGAGUGGGGGGACUGCAAGCAGUGCUGCUUGGUUGAUGUUUGGGGGUUGGGUGAUGGUAAAAGUGGGGUUCCUGCCCUUGCCUUCCUGUAGGAACAAGUAGCCUUUAUGCUGAUUUAAGUCAAAGAGGUUAUAUAUUAGGAUAUAUAUAUAUAUGUAUAUAUAUGUUUCCCUUCAGUGAAGGAUUGUAGCAAUGUACUGAGCCUCCUGUGUUAGGUAUUUAUUACAAACUUCUGUUGGGUUUUGUACAGUAGCUGUCAGGAAAGGAGAGGGAAGAAAAAAGGAGAAAAACCCACAAAACAAUAAUAAUAAAAGACUGUCUGUGUUAUGCUGCUCCCACAGCCCCACUCUGGAACCUGCAGCAGGGCCAGAGAGGGGAUGUCUCUGCUCAUUGUUUAACCACUUUGGUGUCUGGCUGGUGUGUCUCCCUCCUCCCUGGUGCUCCCAAAUCAGGGUGUGAUUGCCAACCCAGCUCUGCAAUCACCCCCAAUCCAACCCAAAUCAAGCUCUGGAGGGGGAGGGAAAUAUAAUUUUUUCUGGUUUUUAGCCUUUUGUUUGUAUUUGUUUUUAACUUUGAAACCAACCUGUGACUCUGCCUUUACCCCUUCAAUAAAGGAUUUAUUGCCUGGUA